AUGAAAGGAAAUUUCUUCGCGAAAUCACGCCCGAAUUGUCACCUUCGUCCGGCUCAACUUUCAGACCGUGGAACUCCAAGAGGGCUUAAGUCUAAAAUGGAAUCAUCAUUCGUGAGCCGCCUCAUUUGCUUCUGCUCACUGAUGCGUGGAAUAGCUUCCCGCCUCGUCUACACAACAGAAUCCAAUUGCGACUGCGGAUUUCCGCCGAUCGGAGUUCUGCUUUACCCAGCCCUAGCCAACUUUGCACUGAAUGCAAGUUGCCGAGUUGUGCAUCUGCGAGGCCAUCUAUUUGCCCAGUCUGGAGGCACCAGAGAUGGCCCGCCAAAGAAAAGCGGGAAAAAUACAGGAAUGCAGAGACAACAAUUAGAUUAG